AUGUCAUAUGUUCGCUUAGAAUUUGAUUUAACUACUGGCGAAGAUAUUGAAAAAGCAUUAGGCAACUUAAGUGAUACAUCAACAGCUUAUUUGAAACCCAAUUGUAAUCAAAGAAAUCAAAGCGAAGAAGCACAUCUUGAUGAUGAAUUAAAUGAGGAAUUUCCAAUAAUAGACAUAGAUAA